AUGACGACGACGACGGCGAGGGAAAGCAACACCAUUUUCGCGACGAGCGCAAAAUGCGCUUUAUCCGUGGCGACGGCUAUGAUUGUGUCCGGAAUAAUCCCUUCUCCUCCGUUCGCGGUCGCGGAAUUGAACAGUCGAGAAGCCAAUCAAGGUGGUGAGUUCAACAGAGGGAGCGCGCAACAGUUUGGCGGGUACGACUUGAGAGCCGAGAACGUGAGUGAAAAGUACGGCACGGAUUUACGGUUAUCGAAUUUUACAGGAGCGGAGAUGCGAGACUCAAAAUUGGUCGGCGCGAAGCUGAACGGCGCGUAUUUGAUGAAAGCGGUGGCGGCGAACGCAGAUUUUACGGAUGCAGAUUUGAGCGACGCGUUGAUGGAUCGAGGCGUGUUUGUGAACGCGAAUUUUACGAAUGCGAUAUUAGCGAGGGUCGUGUUGACUUCGUCCGAUUUGAACGGAGCGAAUAUUACGAACGCCGAUUUCUCGGACGCUUUGCUGGAUAAUACGAUGCAAAUGAAGUUAUGCAAAAUCGCGACUGGAACGAACCCGACGACGGGCGUAAACACGAGAAAGUCUCUGAAUUGUACCGGCGGGCGCGGGAAUGUUGGUUCGCCGUCAAGAUACAUGACGGAAGAAGACGCUCAGAAGCCAGAGGCACAAUUUGAAGCGAGCCGAUUUUCAGCCUAUCAGACCAAGUAA